CUCCCGGGCGGCGGGGCAGGAAGCGCCGCCGGUCGCUCCGUCGCCAUGUCGUUGCUCUGCUACAACCGGGGCUGCGGCCAGCGCUUCGACCCCGAAACCAAUACGGAGGAUUCAUGCACAUAUCAUCCAGGUGUGCCAGUCUUUCAUGAUGCUCUCAAAGGUUGGUCAUGUUGUAAGAGAAGAACAACAGACUUUUCUGACUUCUUGAGCAUUGUGGGCUGUACAAAGGGUCUCCAUAACAGUGAGAAACCUCCUGAGCCUGUUAAACCAGAAGUCAAAACUACCUCUGAACGAAAGGAGCUAGCUGAACUGAAACCCAAAUUUCAAGAACACAUAAUUCAGGCACCAAAACCAUUGGAAACAAUUAAAAGGCCAAGCCCAGAUGAGCCAAUGACAAAUUUGCAGCUGAAAGUGUCAGCUUCCUUGAAGCAAGCACUAGAUAAACUGAAACUGUCAUCAGAAAAUGAAGAGAAAAAAGAGGAAGACAGUGAUGAAAUCAAGAUCGGGACGGCAUGUAAAAAUGCAGGCUGUUCAAAAACGUACGAAGGACCACACAGCACAGAAGAAAUAUGUAUAUACCAUUCUGGUGUACCUAUAUUCCAUGAAGGGAUGAAGUAUUGGAGCUGUUGUAAAAGAAAAACGUCUGACUUCAAUACAUUUUUAGCUCAAGAAGGCUGCACAACAGGAACACAUGUAUGGACUAAAAAGGAUGUGGGUAAGAAAGUAGUUCCAUGCAGGCAUGAUUGGCACCAGACUGGAGGAGAAGUGACUAUUUCUGUAUAUGCUAAAAACUCCGUUCCUGAUCUGAGCUACGUAGAAGCAAAUAGCACAAUGUUAAAUAUCCAUAUUGUAUUUGAAGGAGAAAAGGAAUUUCAUCGCAGUGUGAAAUUAUGGGGAGUAAUCGAUGUAAAGAGGAGUUAUGUGAACAUGACGGCUACAAAGAUUGAGCUUACUAUGAGAAAAGCAGAGCCCCUAUUAUGGGCAAGUCUGGAAUUACCGGUAUCCAACGCACAACAAAAAGAAGAGAAUUCAGAUCAAUAAUGAUUCCAAGAGUCAAGUUAUUUCCCAUUGUGAAGUGGUGACUUGCUACUGUAAUCAAAUAUUUAACUUUUAUAUAGAUUUUUUUUUUUUAUGCUAGAUCAUAUGUUCCAUUCUACAAAGAAAUUUAACGCACAGUAAAUGGGGGUGUAAACUUGAAGGGUAAUAGCUAUUUCUGCUCUUGCUCCCAUGAGUAUAUUUAUUCUAGUUGGAGUGUCUCCAUGAGGAUUUAGAGUAAAAGAGCUAUUGCCCUUUGCUUACAACCUUACCUACCAUGCACUGACUGUCCAAAUAGAUGUGUUCUCAGUCCACUGUGUGUGCUAAUCUUGCAAGUGUUCGGUUUAGACUGGAUCUACUGGGUAGCACAUGUUAAAUUCAGCACUGUUCAUUAUGAAGCAUACAGUAAUACAGACACAAAAAUCUGAGUUUAUGAAGUGAUUAGCAUGCAAUUCUACAUCUAGAAUAAACAGGUACAUAAACACAAAUAUGAAAGAACACUUGUAGACUUGCAUUUUUGUCUUCUGAAACUAAGGUUUGUUUCAAUACCUGUUGGCUGUGGAGGGAUGGAAUAAACGGUAUUUUGCUAAGGAUUUCAGUAUUUGCUGACUCUUUUUGCUGUCUUUCAUGUAUAAAGCAGGAGAUCAGCUUAAAAUAAGAACAAAGUUAGCAAGAGGGGAUUUCUUUUUUUUUAACUCCUGUACCUUUGAUAUUUGAAUUGUUAAAUAUGAAAGUGAAUGGACAGUGAAACGGCUGAAUAACUUAGCAUCUCAGCUGUGGAGAAUAUACAAACAGCAGACUAUUAUAAAAUUACCAAGGUGCUGUAUAUAUUUGACAGUCUUUAGAAUGUAUAUUCUGUCCUAUUCUACAACAUUCAAAAUUACAAAUCUUUUUUCAGAGUAGAUGGAUAUGUGUAGUAGGAGAAGCCAGUACACACUGUAGGUGUCUCAGGAAAAUUAUUUCCAUGUAGAUACGCAUUGCUCUUGUUUCUGAGGAUGGUAAUCCGAGAACUAAAUUUAGCUACAGGACAAAUCUUAGGAGAAACAAACAACAAGCUUUAAAAUGUCUGUCUCAAAUCAUAAUUGUACCUUUGAAUUAAAAUAUUUUAAAACUGUUAUUUCUUUUGAAUAGCAUAAGCAACGCACUGUAAUUAGAAAUCAAGACUUUAUUUUUGUUUUCAGUUCUCCAUCAGUAAAGAUUUGUGGCUGAAAACAGGAUAGUUUUAGAGAUGAGACUUUUAUCCAAGCAGUAACACAUGCAGUAACGUUGCUUUCUCUUUCUGCUUGAAAUAGUUUCUUAAUUUUGGGUUGAAGCUGAAAGAACAACAAUGUUUUCGUAUAUAAGUCAUGCAAAAUGUACACCAUUAUUUAUUGUGCCAAAACUUAUAUAUGUAAACAAGCAGUCCUGUGGACUGUUGAAAUGUGUGGAUGUUCAUCUACCUACCUUGGCAGACCUGGAGUAAUGCCAAGAGAAACACAGAGCGUAGUAAAGGCAUUCUGAAGUUAAAUACGGGUUUCUAAGAAUCUUACUGUUUUCCACCAGGUAUAAUUUGACUUGAGCUCACAGUUCUGUCUCUAGCAGUACUUGAAAUCCUACUUCAUGCUUAAAGUAGUAGGAACUACAUUACCAAAGAAACUAUCCCCAGACACCAAGAAAGUAACACCAGUGCUGUAUACAUGAAAUUUGUUUUGGUGCUUCUUUACCUUCAUUUCAAGAUCCUGUUUCCUCAUUGACUUGGAGGAAGUGUGGUUGCUUACUCCCUUGGGCCCAUCCUAAAAAUUCCAGCUCUAAGGUCUGCCUGAAAGAUUCUAUUAACCUCUAAUAAUGCCGCCUUUUUUUUUUUUUUUUUAAUUUUAAAUUUAAAUUAAGGUUUUGAAAACAUCAGGUGCUGUGAAGUCAUAGGGUACAAGCUUACAAAAAUAUAUGCCUGCAAAUGGUCCUCUCAAAUCUGAACAGUUGUUCCCUGAUGUGUUCUGAACCAACAAAUGGAGCUCUUGUUAGUAUAAUACUGAGAACAAUCACUUCAGUGGAUGAAAAAUUCUAGAUAGCUGUAGCUGCUAGCGUGCCAUAUGUGGUUUUGUAUGCAGAGCUGAACUUGGACAGCAAAAUGAGCAGCGCUUAAAUGCCAGGAUAAAGUUCUGAUUUAACAAGCAAGUUCAAACGUGUGUCUAUCCAUAUGGAUAUAUAAAUACCCUAAAUAUCUUAUGUUUUCCACAUUUUUUAACAUAUUUUCAAUUUAUUUGCAUCCUCACAUGCAGUAGGUUUACAUCAUUUAAAAUCCAUUUUAAAGAACUACGAGGGAAGUGGAAUUUCUUGGGAAAACAGAAUUUCAGUUUUUAAGCAAAUCGUAUUCUCCCUUAGUAUACUAAACGCUAAAUGGAGAUAAAUGUGGAUGAAUGGGCCUUCUGCUCUUAAUGCCGCAGGCUUUGGGACCCCGUAACUCUUUGUUAUACUCUUUCAAACUACGUUCUGCUGGUAGCUGAGUCAACUUGGCCAUGUGUAGAAGAAAGCUCCUGUAAACAUGGUCCUCAGUUUUGCUUUUGCUUUUUAUUCAUUCCUCCUGCUCUUUUCCUGUUGUUCAUAAUUUCAGCACAAAAUUAAAGAUACUUCAGGAGUUCCAUAAUGACUUUCCCCAUCAGUGGCAAUAAAACCACUUUUAAAAUUCACCUGUUUAAAGUAAGCAAUCAAACAAACAAACAAAACCCCAGCUUUGAUCGGGCAAGAAUGUAUAGGUUUUACAAAUAAUAGCCUAGUUUUCUAUGGCCUGUGAUGUUUUUCAAAAUAAAAGGAUAAACUUUCA